AUGCACUCCACAGACCGAAAUCAGGAGGCCACGGUGUACGUGGGAAACGUGGAUCCCCAGGUCACGGAAGAGCUACUCUGGGAGCUCUUCGUCCAGGCAGGGCCAGUCGUGAACGUCUACAUGCCCAAGGACCGGGUGACCAACCUGCACCAGAGCUAUGGCUUCGUCGAGUUCCGAUCGGAGGAGGACGCUGACUACUCCAUCAAGAUCCUAAACAUGACCAAGCUGUACGGGAAACCCAUUCGCGUGAACAAGGCCAGCCAAGACAAGUUUGCGUACGAUGUGGGUGCCAACCUGUUCAUUGGGAACCUGGACCCAGACGUCGAUGAGAAGCUGCUGCACGACACCUUUGGCGCAUUUGGAGUGGUAGUGGGAGCCCCCAAGGUCAUGCGGGACCCUGACACAGGCCUGUCCAAAGGAUUUGGCUUCGUCAGCUUUGAUGACUUUGAGUCCUCAGAUGCGGCGAUCGAGGCCAUGGACGGCCAGUUCCUCAUGAAUCGCACCAUCAGCGUCGGAUAUGCUUUCAAGAAAGACACGCGCGGGGAGCGGCACGGCACCCCUGCAGAGCGGCUGCUGGCCGCGCAGAAGAAGCUGCAGAGCAAGGAGGUGCAGCGACCCCACACACGCUUUGCCACAGGCCCGAGGCAGGUGGGGCUGCAGACCGGGUUCCCGGCGCCCGGCGCCCAGGCGGCCAUGGCGCCCACAGGGCGCAAGGGUGGCACCGCCCGUGCCACCGCCGCCUCCAGGGUCGGCGCCCUUUGCAGGCGCGGGCCGACUGCCACCGCCGCCCCCCCCUCCGGCAAGUGCAGGGCCGGGGUCACUGCCCUCACCCCCGCCGCCGCCCCCCGGAUCCCGGCCGACACCCAGGCCACUGCCGAGUUCACGGCCAAGACAGCGGGCGUGGUGGCGGGGCUGUGGGUGGCUGGCACCGUCUUCGCGCGCGUGGACCCCACCAUUGCGCUGACCUGGCGGGUGACGGAGGGGCAGCGGGUGGAGCGCGGCGCGCGCCUGGGCAGCGCCCAUGGCCCCGCCCGCGCACUGCUGGCGGCGGAGCGCGUGGCGCUGAACUUUAUGCAGCGGGCGGGGGGGAUCGCCACCGCCACGGCUGCCAUGGCCGCCGAGGCCGCUGGCAUGCGCGCCGUGCUGCUGGACACGCGCAAGACGGCGCCGGGGUUGCGCCUGCUGGACAAGUGGGCGGUGGCGGCGGGCGGCGGGGCCAACCACCGCAUGGGCCUCUUCGACAUGGUCAUGAUCAAGGACAACCACAUUGCGGCGGCGGGGGGUAUCACCGCCGCGGUGGUGCGGGCAGAGAGCUACUUGCGGGAGCGGGGCAUCCAGUGUGGCCUGGAGGUGGAGGCCAGCACGCUGGAAGAGGUGCGCCAGGUCAUCAGCAUCCUGGACCACCAGCCCGACACAUUGGUCACCCGCAUCAUGCUCGACAACAUGACACGGCGGCAAGAGGAUGGGUCCCUGGACGUCUCCCUGCUAAGGGAGGCGCUGGCGCUGAUCGGGAAUCGGAGGGUGGAGACGGAGGCGUCAGGCAAUGUCACCCUCGACACGGUGCGCGUCAUCGCCGAGACGGGCGUUCAGUUCAUUUCUACGGGAUCCACGACGCACUCUGUCACUGCAUUGGACAUCUCCCUCAACAUCAAGACGGCCUGA